GACCGCGCGUGCGGAGAUAGUUUUUGGAGGUUAACAGCGUCUUAUGUAAACAAAGACGACAUUAUCAGGAAUUGUAAUAUUUUCACUGAAUUUUGUGUUGUGACUUGUACGCAUUGUGAAAUCAAGAAUCUCUUCUCACUCCUCGUUGCUGAGAAGAGAGUGGAAGAGAGCGAGAAAAUAAGCGUGAAAUAUGCCCAACUUCUGCGCAUUCGCUCUCGCAAGGUUAAGUUUAGUGAUUAUCACAGACUAGCGGCUUGAAUGCCGCGUGCGAUAGAAAAGAAAGGGGGGGCAACGGGACAGUUACUUUUGUAUUCGAAUCUUUCGCCGAUUUCUUGCAGACAUGGAUUUUGCGUUGGAACGAUUGAACGAAAAACAUAAAACACGUAUUGUCCUCAAGGAGCGUAAUCGUUCUUACACCUGUGGUAGAGGCAAGGACAAUGAUAUUCUUUGUCUUAGUUUACUUGUAUCUCGUAGACAUUGUAUUUUUUUUCGAGACACUGAAAGUUUAUAUGUCACAGACUUACGAAGUUCAAAUGGCAUUUUUAUUAAUGGCGAUGAAAAAAAGUGUCAGCAUACAGUCAAACUAUCUGAGAACGAUAUCAUUGGAAUUGGUUGCCCUGAAAUUGAUUCAAGUAAAGAGACAUUGUAUGUUUUUAAAGUUUGCAUCAUUAAGUCACCUGAACUUGAUGAAGAAGAAGAAGAAACUACUGUUUUAUCAAGGACGAUUUUAAAUAACGAUACAUCACAAGAAAUCAUAUCUCAAGUAAAUCGUGAUUUUAGAAAAAGACAAGGAUCUAAUUUAAGUGGCGAUAUGACAGUACCUAACAAAAAAUCAAGUGUUACAUAUAAUAAACAUGAUUCUAAUUCUUCAAAAGGAAUUGAUUCUAAUUUAUCUCGUAAUAAUCAGACUCUUAACAGCAACACUAUUAAUAAUUUAAAAAUCAGACAUGAUACUAAUGCAGAAGAUAUAAAUAUAGAAGAUGAUAUUGAAAUAAUUCAUGCAUCAUUAGCAGAAGAUGUAAGGAAGAAGAACACUACACAUAAUCUGACAUCUGCAAAAUGUUUAAACGGCAAUAAAUCGGAUUUUGAUGACAAUUUGAAUGUUUCUAGUGUUGAAAGUAACAAUGAAGAUGAUGUUAAUGAUAGAGAGAAUUCAAAUUUUGUACAUAAAGUUGAUCAAAUUAUUAAAUAUGAAAGUGAACUACAAAUAACAGACGAUGAAGGAGCAAACAUAGUUGAACACGAUACAACUUGCAAAUCACCGAUUAAAUUGAAAAAAACAAAACAUGAACUGAAAACACGAUUUUCCGAGAUAGAUGUUGUCAAUUUAAGUGACGAUGAGGAGGGAGUAUUUCCAUAUUCCCAAUUAUUUGAUAUCAAAUAUGACGAUGAUACAGAAAAUAAGAGAGAGAUAAAACAGGAAUGUAUCAACGAUGAUGAACCAAACACCGAGAAAAUUGGUCUGCUAAAUAUUGACGACGAAGUCAUUAUUUUAACAGACAGCGAAGAUGAAGAUAAUCCAUGGUUGGAACGAUUAUCCAGAAGUCAAUUACUCAACGAAGAUACAAAAUCUGUUUCGUGUGAUUUAAUCAUAAAAGAUGAAAUCGAUUUGGGUAUUUGGGAUGAUGAAAUUUUGAAUAUCGAAUCGUCUGAGAUAAUUAAACAGUCCGAGAUACUUCCGUGUAUUUCCCAGGUUCUUUAUGAUAAAGAAAUGUCUUGUGAACCAUGUAUAAGCGUUGAUGUUGGAAUUAAAAACAAAGACAAUGAUUAUAGUACUAAUUUAUCGACUUCAAGAGUGGAUGCGAUGGAUAUAGACGAAGCAGGCGUUUCUAAUCAUUCUGGUACGAGAGAUAUUAAUAAAAAUAAACAAAUUAAUGAUAUCAAUACUAAUGUUAAAAAGAAACAGAAAACACAUGCGAAACAAGAUCUAGAAUUAGAUAAACAGACAAUAGAAAGUGUAAAACAAAAAUUAAUUGCACCGACAACAGAAGUCUGUACGAUGGAUGUAGACAAGACAGGCGCUUCUAAUGAACACAGUACGAGAGAUAUUGAUGCAAACAAACGGAUUAUUGAUGCAAAUAUUAAUAUCAAAAAGAAACAGAAAACUCAUACAAAACAAAAUGUAGAACUAAAUAAACAAACAGAAGGUGUAAAACAAAAAUUAAUUGCACCGACAACAGAAGUAGGUUCAAUGGAUGUAGACGAGGCAGGCGCUUCUAACGAUUAUAGUACGAGAGAUAUUGAUGUAAACAAACGGAUUAUUGAUGCAAAUAUUAAUGUCAAAAAGAAACAGAAAACUCAUGCGAAACAAAAAUUAAUUGCACCAACAACAGAAGUACGUACAGCGGAUGUAGACGAGGCAGGUGCUUCUAACGAUCACAGUACGAGAGAUAUUGAUGCAAACAAACGGAUUAUUGAUGCAAAUAUUAAUGUCAAAAAGAAACAGAAAACUCAUACAAAACAAGGUAUAGAAUUAAAUAAACAAAUAAUAGAAGGUAUAAAACAAAAAUUAAUUGCACCGGCAACAGAAGUAAGUUCGAUAGAUGUAGACGAGGCAGGCGCUUCUAACGAUUAUAGUACGAGAGAUAUUGAUGUAAACAAAUGGAUUAUUAAUGUCAAUAUUAAUGUUGAAACGAAACAGAAAACGCAUGCGAAACAAGAUCUAGAACUAAAUGAUCAAACAAUAAAAGAUGUAAAACAAAAAUUAAUUGCAUCACUCACAGAAAUAGAUAUGAUGAAUGUAGACGAGAUAGGUACUUCUAACGAUUCUAAUACUAGAGAAGAUGUUAAUAGAAGCAAACAUAUUACUGAUGUCGAAAUUGAUGACAAAAAGAAAACGGAUGCGAAACAAAGUAUAGAAUUAGUUGAACAAACGAUAGAAAGUGUACAACAAAAAUUCAUUGCACCGAUCACAGAAGUAAAUGCGAUGGACGCGGAUGAACUAAGCUCUUCUGACGAUUUUGACAUCAGUAAUAUUGAUAGAAGCAAACAGAUUUCUGAUAUCAAUAUUGACAAAAACAAACAGAGGACAAAUGUGAAACAAGAUACACAGUUAGGUAAACAUACGUUAGAAAGUAUAAAACAAAAAUUAAUUGUAAAGUCCUCAAAAAGACUGAUAUCAAUAGAACCAUUAAGUUUACCUACAAGAAGAAGACGAUCUGAUCAUAGUAAAAACAAAACAACAAAAAUACAUGAAACUUCACAAUUAAGAGUAACAACAAAAGAAAAGAGCGUGUCGAAAUUAAAAGCAAAACUUAAACAUAAUCUUCAUAGUAAAGAACAAAAAGAGAAUACGGACCGCAAAGCUAAAUCUAAAUCGGUAACUGAUAAUUCCUCGUCAAGUGAAGCAAAAUCUGGGCUAUCAAUUUCUAAGGACGAAAAAAAGAAAAUAAUCGAACAGAGAAAGAUGAAAUUGAAGGAGAUUGCUGCGGAAGAGAAGAAGCUGAUGGCCGAAAGCGAUCAAAGUACUAAACGUAGGAAUAAACCGAGAGCUAAAGUAUCCUUUAAAACUCGUGGCGAUUUUCUCAUUACUGAACAAGAACCACGAGUAUCUAAAUCGCUUCCAGAUAAACCCGCAGAAUUAUCAAAAUCAAGUAAUCAAUCUAAGAAGCAAUCAAGAAAUACAAUUAAUGUAUUAAAAGAAUCCACAAUUUCCGACAAGAAGGCACAGAAUUGUCAAAAAACGGACGUUUCUAAGGAUACAGUAAAUAAUAUUGCCGCAUCAUUACAACAAUCCUUAUAUUUAAAUAAUAUAAACAUUGCGUCUGAGAAAAGUACAGUAGAUUUCAAAGCGACCGAUGAUAAUAAAAAGAAACGUAGCACUAGCAAAGAUGUUACAAAAAAGAGUAAUAUUAAUACUGAUUCUACUUUUCAAGUGUCAGAAUUACAAGAUAGAUCGACCGAACGUAGUUCUGUGAUACAAAAAGAAAAUUUUUCACCAAACAGUUUGAAAUCAAAGCUUUUAAAGUCGAGCAUAAAACUGAAGAAAAUUAAAAAAGUGACAUUUUCUGACAGAUCCGAAAUAUGGGAAUACGAUAUUGACCAAGGCAAUUCUUUAAGGAAAUUGGAAUCUGUAACCUGUGCAGAUUGGCGUCCGAAACUGGAAGAGUUCCUACUUCGCAUUUUUAUGUGGAAUCCUGUGUGGCUCGAAGAACAGCGCUAUCUAAAGUGCGAUCCGCCAAUAAUAUCGGAGAAUGAACUUCAAGCUAUGAAACCAUUUUACGAUUCUUAUGAACAGUAUUAUGAAGUCGCGAUGCCUCUUCUAUUACUCGAAAUGUGGUGCAUCAUGACUAAAGAUUUCGAAAUGAUUCAGAAGAAUAUGCAACGUACUACCGUAAUGUGUUCUAUAGUUGAGAAUUCUAUUACGCACACCCCUAUACCGUCGACUAAUUUAUUCUUGACGAAAUUAACUCUUGAAGUGCUAGUCAAUAAAGAAGAUUUUAAUAAACAAAAUCAUCCUAUUUACGGAGAUCUAGUAUAUCUUGAAUAUGUCAAGAAUCAACAUGGUAAACAAAUCUUUCACAAGAUAUUCGCAUAUGUCGUCAACAUGCAGCAACACAUGGUUAUCCCAGACUCCACAUAUUAUAAUAGCGAUUUAAAGAAUUAUGUAAAAGAUCCAUAUACAAUUAUAAAAUACAGCGUGUGGACACGACCUCUUGAACACAUCAUCGUAAAUAGAGUGCAAAGACUCCGAACGGUCACGUAUUUGCGAUCGAAUAUCAGAAUGGUACAGGCAUUACAAUAUCUCCCUCAUUCACCCUUGUCAAAGUUGAUCGUGAAUCCGAAAAUUGAAGACUAUCAAUUACCACCACUAAAUGAACACUUUACAUCUUCUUCACUAGUAACAAAAGAAGAUUUAAAUUCGAAGCAAUUAGAGGCUGUAUUUCGAGUGACGAAUGCUGUAAUAAAGAAAGAGGCUAAAUUAUGUUUUAUUCAGGGCCCACCGGGGACGGGCAAGUCUAAAGUUAUUGUAAAUCUAGUGGCUCAAAUAUUAUAUGGUGCAUGUCAAGACAAGAAAUCUUUGAGAAUCCUGAUUUGCGCACCGUCUAACGCCGCUAUUGAUGAAAUUGUGAUAAGGCUUUUACAUAUCAGAUCUACCUUAAAACAGAAACGUUUUAAUAUGGUACGCAUUGGUCGAUCAGAAUCUAUGCAUCCAAAGACUAAAGAUAUUUCUGUGCCACAGAUAGCAAAACGCCACCUAAUAAACAUAAGUAAAGGUAUAAAAACAACGAAUAACAACAUUGAAGAUUUAUCAAUUUUACAAGCGCAUAUUAAUUCGUUUAAUGCCGAACUUGGAAGUAUCAAAAACGUACAAGAAGAAAAGAGGUAUUCACUCAAUAGAAAACUAUUUGAAACAACGGUGAAAUACGAACUUAUGAAAUCUAAUAAAUCGAUAGACGAGAUCAAUUCAAAAGAGCGCGCCAGGUAUCAGCGUAUGUCAGAAGACAUAGUUCUUCAGGGUGCCAAUAUAAUUGCUUGUACACUUUCCUCUUGUUACACUAAUCAGAUGGAAUCACUCUUUGGUGGUCACAAGGAAAGGAUAUCUGUAUGCAUCGUUGAUGAGGCGACGCAGAGCUGCGAAGCAGAGACUUUGAUACCAUUAAUGUUGGGGGUGACUACAUUGGUUCUGGUAGGCGAUCCAAAUCAACUACCAGCAACCAUUCUAAGCCAACGAGCGAAGAAAUUGGGAUUAGAUCAAUCAGUAUUUUCUAGGAUACAAAACGUUUUCGCGUCUCAAUCGAACAAUCCAAUUAUAAUGUUGGACAUGCAGUAUCGUAUGGAGUACGCGAUCUCGUAUUGGCCUAAUAGAUACUUCUAUGGUGGUAAAUUAAAAAACGCUACCGAUUAUAGAAUGAAAUUUCCAUUUCAUGCAUACAGAGUUUUGGAUCAUAACUUCACUCAGAACUAUGAUAAAUUUUCUAAUACCACUGAAGCAGAAUUUGUGGCCAACAUAAUUUAUACAAUGUUGAAGUGCGCCAAAUGGGAAUCAACAAGUACUACUAUUACUCUCGGAGUUCUCACACCGUACAACAAUCAAAGAACUCUUGUACUAAAUAAAAUUAAUGAAAAGAUAUCGUCUGUACCGGAUGACACAAAAAAGAAAAUUAGCUUUGAAGUUAAUACGGUCGACGGUUUUCAAGGUCAAGAGCGAGAUGUUAUAAUAAUGUCCUGUGUGAGAAGUAGUGGUAUUGGAUUUUUAUCAGACAAACAAAGACUCUGUGUAGCACUUACAAGAGCUAAACAUAGUUUAAUAUUAUGUGGAAAUUUUCGUACUUUCAUGAAAGAUAAAAUGUGGAAGGCAUUGUUAACUGAUGCACGAAAUCGUGGAAUUCUAUGUCGUAUGGAUACUAAUGCAACACCUAGUAUGAUUAAAAAAUAUAUCAUUAAGUAAAGUACUCAUAUGUAAAGUUUUACUUAACAUCGUAAUUACUUCUUUAUAUGGUUUGUAUAUUUUGUAAAUAUUUAGACUAAGUUUGAAUAUAUUUAAAGUGCUUAUAAUGAAAAAUGUCAACUGAAUCUUGAAGAAUGUUUGUUUAAAGUAAUGUUUCAGAAUCAUAGUUCUAAAUAAUGAGACAUAUGAAUGCUGAUUCUACCACCAAAGUGUUGAUUGCUUGCAUUGGACACAUCUCACUCACUAAAAUAUAAUACUACUGGAGCGCGGCCCUAUAUUGUCUUUGUUAAGAAUAAUCCGAGGGAGACUGUUCUAAUUGGUAUCUUUAUUCUUUUCUAACCUGUACUCAACUAUAAUUGCGUAUGUGCAGUAGGACGGCAAUCAUAGCUAAGUAUAAGUUAGAAAAGAAUGAAGAUACCACUUGAAACGCUCUUCUAGCAUUGUUUUGUCUCUCAGGAGCAACUGCUCGAGGUCACUUCAAAUGAACCCAGUAUACUUGAAACGUGGAAUUUAUACUAUGUACAUCCAUAACAAUGAAUCAGUCAGAUGUCGUAUGACGGAUGUACGUAGUGUGAAUGUAUAUCAAGUAUGAUGGGUUCAUUAGGAGCGACCCUGAGUAAUUCCCAAGAGACAAAACGAACAAUACUUUUAACGCCAGUGCUUUAUAUUUCAGUGAUCUCACUACAGUUAAGAUCAAUAUUGUAUAUGUUCGUUUUUUAUCGUACGACAAAUUUUUCAAGUGUUUUAAUUGGUUGCAAGACCAAGAAGAUCUCGGACCUCUUUGUCUUAUAGCUAAUCAACAAGUUUGAAAAAUUUGAAAUGAAAUAGCAGUCUAACAAAGGCGAUAUAAAGGCUAUUCUACAUUGUCGUAUGCAUCAUGCGACUUUAAAAUUGAAGCAUCGGAUUGGCUGGAGCAAUAAGUUGUGACUUGCGACGUCUACGAUACGACCGAUGUAGAAUGGCCUUAAGGUCGAUAUUUCAUAUGUCGUACGACAAAGUUUUUCAAGCCUGUUGAUUGGUUAUAGAACAGAGAGAUCCGAAAAUCUCUCUGUCCUAUAGUUGCUAAUCAACAGGCUUGAAAAGCCUUUUCAUACAAUACAUGAAAUCUCGGGCUAAAGGAGUGUAUGUACAAAGGAUCGACUGGGCUCGAUAUUCACGAUUUUGAUUGGUGGCCGCUAUCAGUUAAUUAACAAGUGAAACCUAUUUGCAUUUUUCUUAUAAUAUAGGACUCUAGGGCUGCGUUCAGGAAUUACGCCUAGAUAACUCUUGGGUACAUUUUUGCUAUACGUAACGUAACCUAUAACUUAGAGUUAUCUGGGCGUAAUUUCUGAACGCACUCCAGCGCUCAGUGAUCGAUUAUGUUUCUGGAUGCACUCAGUGGUUGCGUUCAGGGGAUCGAUUCUGUAUCUUGAAAUGAGGUGAAAAUUAUAAGUGAGCGACUUUACUAAAAUACUGAUUAUUUUAAUGGUCAACACCUAGUAAAUUUGCUCGCUUUUGUAAUUUUCAUCUUAUUUGAAAAUACAGAAUCGACCCCCUGCAGACUCAACUGUUGCAGAAUGGAUUCGCUUUGGAGGCCGAAAUCCGAAAAUCCGAUUGGCUGAAGAGGAAAGAAGGAAGGAUCCACUCACUGUUAUUGGUCGUGUUCAACAGACCAAUAGCAACGAGAGCUCACGGAUCUGCAGGAGGUCGAUUGUGUAUCUUCAAAUGAAAUGUAAAUUAAAAGUGAGCAAAUUCACUAGAGUAUUCAUAAUUUAAUUGGUCAAUACCUAGUAAUCUUUGCUCACUUAUGUAAUUUUCACCUUUCAAAAUUCACAAUUGAGCUCCAGAUCUGCUGCGCAACAGUUGAGUGCCUAAGUAUCAAUUAUGAAACUAUCUCUAAGAUGAAAAGUGGAAAGUGAAAAUUUUAAUCAUUGAAAUUAAUGGAGAAAUUUUUCACUUUUCACUUUUCACCCUAGGAAAAAAAUUUCAUGAUUGAUACCUUGAAUGCGACUAAUUUACAGGGCUGUUUUCUGUGGCUGAACUAGUGUAUACUUUUAGACUUAAAGUGAGAUAGAUAUAUUGGGUCAUCUAAAAAG